AAUAUCUUAUUACAAAUGCUGCAUCUACUACCCAAUAUUUAAAUCUUGUCCAAUAUUUCAAUACUGCUAAUUCAAUCCAAAAUAGAAUUAUUGAGAAAAUCAUUGUUCCUAGUGCACCACCACCAAAUGCUGUGGCACAAAAGAAAGCAAAUAAAAUCAUUAAUAAAACGAAUGAAGAAAUUGCAAAAUAUCAAGAGGAUUAUAAUUUGACAACUGAUUCUGAGGCCAAAUAUGAGCUAAUAGAUCGCAUACAAGACCUUAAAUAA